AGAGAGAGAGAGAGCGAGAGAGAGAACGAGAGAGAGAGAGAAAGAAAGGAAGAAAGAGAGACUGGAGAGGAUAGAGUCCCUCAUACCAACUGUGUAAAACUAAAGCCUCUCUAAACCAUAUUCACAUCAACGACUUAUGCUCUCAUGGACAUAAGUAAUAGAUAUUUUAUGGGGCUUUUCUAUUUUAAUGGAUAGGGAAAAUCAAAAGAGACAGGAAAUUGGUUUAAAGAAGAUAGGGAAUAACAUGUAGGGUACGAUAACAGGUCGGGAUCAAACUGGAGUCGUUCCAGAGGGGAGGGGCACACCAGAUAGCACAUAACGUAGGGGUCUUUAACUGCCUCUUACAGCCAGGAACACAGAGUCGGCCAUUUAUGUUCCAUUGACUGUGGCCCUGUUCACACUGGGGCACUAAUGUGCAUCUCGGGCUGUGUGAUAGCAAGUGGAGAGCUCCAAAGCCUCAGUUGUGGUUGGACGUCGACGCAACGCAAGGGGGUUUACGGACCCAUUAUGUCCUUGCAGGACCUCCUUACGUCCACCUCCAGGGCCUGAAGUGCGGCUCCCAAAAAUUGCAUUGGGUUCCCAUCGCUCAGGCCCCCUUCAGACUGGUCUGGCCCGCAAAUGGGGACAGUAUUUUAAGCGGUGUGAACACAAAGGGGUCCUGGGUCGCAUUUGAAGGACCACCUAUUCAAAUUACAUUCUCUGCGUAAGCAGGAUUAGGGGUACUCAUUGGUGCGCCAACUGCGUAAAGUGAAGACAAAUCACGGAAUCGCUUAAACUAGCUUUGUCCAUGAUUUGAUGAUUUCCAUGACAAUUUCGAAAAAAUUGAUAUUUGAAGAGUGGGCAUAACAUCUUUAGCCAUUUGUUGCGCUAAGGAAAAUAGUUAUUCAGAUUUCUUCUUGUUUAUAUAUUUCCCAUAGACUAGGAACGAGGAGGUGCAACGCUGCCUCCCACAAGUUAAAAAACGCAUUUGGUUUUCGCAAACGGAAAGGGUGUACUUGUUUAUUUGCACAUUUGCACAUUGAGCGGGGAAGUGCGAUCGAAAGUGGACACUUGAGAUGUCUGUGGAGACGCCUUCUGAUGCCAAAACACAUCUGCCAUGUGCUUUGGCACAUUAUCCUGUGGCUAGUCCUGCAAAAUAAUUAGUGACCAAAAAGCCACAGUGGUCAUGCCCUCCUCCUCCUCCUACUCCUCCUCUGACGACGACGAGAGACUGGAACGGAAUGGAAUUUGAAACGUUUUAGCCAAAAAUGUUUCCAUAGUCAAGGUGUUUUUUGCAGAAACGUUUCAGAUUUCGUUCCGUUCUCCAGCUUCAGCCAGAAGCUCUCAGGCACGCUUUAACGUGGAUCGAUGUGAAGGCCAUGUGGUGAGCCUAGCUUAAGCCCCCCCUAUGCUGUGCACCCCCUGUCCUCGUCCCUCACUCACCCCCUCCAACGCCGACCGAAGGACAGAGGCAUGUCCCAGGUGUUCCUGCAUCUGGCCAUACUAACCGUCUCCAGCAUCCAGGUAUCUCCGGCUGUCGCGCUGGAUAAACUGAAGGAGGACUGGUUACAGUACGAAAAGGAAUGUAACCACAACAACACCAGGGCCCCGCCCUCCACCGGUCUGGUGUGCAUCCGAAAUUUUGACCUUUAUGCGUGCUGGCCCGAUGGAUGGCCCAACACCACGGUGGGUGUCCGGUGUCCCUGGUACCUGCCCUGGCACAACGAAGUCCACAACGGCAUGGUGUAUCUGGACUGCCAGCACAACGGACAGUGGGUUUCGGACAAGAACACAAGCGAGUGUGAGUUGAAUACUCCCACCCAGAUCCAGCAGCAGUUCUAUGGGCAGAUCCUCAGCAGGUUUCAGAUCAUCUACACGCUGGGAUACUCCUUGUCCCUGGUAGCGCUGGUUCUUGCACUUGGCACCCUCAUUUUCUUCAGGAAGCUGCACUGUAUGAGGAACAACAUCCACAUGAACCUCUUUGCGUCCUUCAUCCUGCGGGCGCUGUCCGUCCUGAUCAAAGACGCUCUGAUGGAGGACCCGGGCCUGAAGAUCCGGCACCAGGACCGGGACUUCACCCGGGACAUCAUCACCCCCGUGGACCUGCUCGUCAACAAUGAGACCACGGUGGCGUGCCGCAUUGCUAUGGUGAUGAUGCAUUUCAGUAUAAUGGCCAACAGCUAUUGGCUGCUGGUGGAAGGCAUCUACCUCCACAACCUCCUGGUCAUCGUCGUCUUCAACGAGAGGAACUUCUUCAACAUAUACCUGUGCAUCGGCUGGGGAGCUCCACUCUUAUUUCUCCUACCAUGGGUGACUGCAAAAUACUUAUAUGAAAAUGAAAAGUGUUGGGAGCUAAAUGUUAACAUGAAUUUUUGGUGGAUCAUUCGGUCGCCCAUACUGCUGGCAGUCGUGACAAAUUUCCUCAUCUUCAUACACAUCAUAAAGAUUCUGGUCUCCAAACUCCGAGCACACCAAAUGAGAUACACAGAUUACAAAUUCAGGUUGGCCAAGUCCACGCUGAGCCUCAUCCCUCUGCUGGGCAUCCACCAGAUGGUCUUUGUGUUUGUGUUGGACGAGUCGUCGGAGAACAGCCUCAUUCUGCGUUUCACUAAGGUGGCCAUCGAUCUCCUGGUCACGUCUUUCCAGGGUCUGCUGGUGGCCAUCUUGUACUGCUUCUUCAACAAAGAGGUCCAGUCGGAGGUGCUGAAGAACUGGAAGCGGUGGAAGCUGGGCCGCAACAUCGAGGAGGAGUACCGCCACACCUACAGCCAGCCCUCCCACAUCAAGUCCGGCAGCCUGCUGAACCCCACCCAGCGGCUGCCCACCCACCUCCCCGACAUCACCGCCACGACCACCGCCGCCGCCGCCGCCAACAGCCACGCCGCCGCCGCCGCCCUCGCCGUGCCGGAGGAGAAGCACAGGCUGAUGGUGUGCUGCGGCGGCGGCGGCGGCGGCGGCGGCGGCAGUGGCUCUUGCUGCGGCAAGGCGCGUUCGGACCGGCGCUCGGCGCACGAGGGCAACGCCAGCAGCUACACGCUGGCGGAGGACAUCAGCCUGACGGAGAAGAGCCAGGGCUACGAGGUGACCGACGGGGACAGCGACGGAGGCAGCAAUGCAGAGACCCAUUUGUGAAAACAAGGGUGAAUGGAAAAAAAAAAUGUAAUGGUGGAAACCCUUGUGGAUGAGGAACAGGAUCGCUAGGUCCGGCAUUGGGUCCUUGAGCAACAGCAGGUUUAAGCCACGGUUUAAAACAUUUUGUCUUUUCGGACUGUGCUUUGGCUGGUCAGCACUCAGGGCUGGCUGGCUGGAUGGGUUCAUCCUUGGCCAACCCCUCCUCACCUCUGAACACUCAGUGGGGAGAGAGCACGGGCCCUUCAGCCAAAGAGCCAGGAAUGCACCAGGAACUUCAUGAGGAAAGGCUCUCUCUCUCUCUCUCUCUCUCUCUCUCUCUCUCUCUCUCUCUCUCUCUCUCUCUCUCUCUCUCUCUCUCUCUCUCUCUCUCUUUCACAUGAUUCAAGCCAACAUGGAGCAAAAUGUACAUAGCAUGAUCGCAAAGAUGAAACAAAAACCGCAACAAAACCUCAACUAUUGCAUAACAAGGGGACGUUCCAGAACCACACAGGGGGUCCCUUCGGAAGUCCUCUUGAGUCCCAAUCCGUGCGUAUAUGUGUGUGUGUGUGUGUGUCCCAUCGUGUGUGUUAUGGUACUGGAGAUAUAGAAAGAUAUAGCGGACACUCAAACCUUAAGCCAAACAAGAGACAUAAAAAGGGACACGGGUUCCAGGCUUAAAAUACAUGAGAUAUAUUGUUAAUGCCUUGAUGACAUUUGUAAAUACCUUGGCCGGCCUAUCACUCGGACGGAAUCCAGACUGGAGAGCGAACCCGUUCUGUCUGACUGUACCACAUACUGUAAAAUGUCACAGUGUUUAGUUCCAGCAGAUCCUGCGACCCAUGGGAACUUGGCAGCUGUUCUGACCAGCCGGGGAUCCCUGGCUUUUCUAAGAACAUUGUAAGCAGCUAUUAUUAAAUGACAGGGAAUAAAAAAUACCGCGACCAUUGUAAUAAUCCUUGUGAAACACAUUCAGACAUUUGACGGUGAUCAAAUGAGGCGACCUGAAUAGAAAAAAGGAAAUACACACAAAAAAAACGUGUAAUAUUUCUACGGUUGAAAAGAUGUCUGAGCACACAUACCUGCUUGGCGUGUGCGUGACAGUCUCGGUGCUUGGCAGACUAUAUCAAUCAACAUCGGUUUCACUAAAACCCUUGGAACACGAGCAGGCAACUGGAGCGCUUCCCGUUGCAAUCCGGGACAGGAGAAAAGAAAGCAGCCGACAUGCACAACACUGCGUUUUGCAUGAUCCAACACUGUGACACGCAGCUAAAGACGUCACCUUUUCGGUGCCACCAUAAACCCACUUUUGAGUGACAUUUUCCUCAGCUUUUUCUGUUAUGCAUGCAUUCAGAUUGUUAACUAAAGUAGAGAAGGAAAGAAAGGUGUAUUCUCUGGUCGCCUGAGUCAGCGUUGUGUGCGGGUGCGUGUGCGUGUGUGUGUGUGUGUGCGUGCGUGUGUGUGUGGACGUGUGUAGGUGUCCCUCAUGCCGUGUCGUGUGUCACAUCAGGUUCCUGAACGAUUGACAUGCGCCUCAGCAGCUAUUAACCGCCCGCGAUCUGUUGGGCACUAGCACCCAGUGGGGGUCCCGCCGUCAAGUCCAAGAGAAGGUGGGAGGAUGGGAGGGUCACUCUAGGGGAACAACUUCAUUGGCAGGUUUGCAUGCCCUGUGUUUUACCAUUUUUAUACCUAAGUUCUCUGCCUGGUUUCGAGGGGUUUGCCAGAGCAGUGGAGACACGUAUAGCCGCGACCAGAACAAAUGCCGGUGAAUUCACUGUAGAACAAACGCUUUUGCUCGGGCUCUCUCUCUCUCUGUCCUCUCUUUGACCCUCUUAAUGGAAGAGGUCCCUGCAUUGACACAAUCCUAUCACCAAGGAUAAGUUUUUAAAUGUUAAUAGGUUUUUGCUUUUUACGCGAGUUAACCUUGUGGGUUUUGACCAUUUGCACAGUGCUAAUUUAUGAUUGUUAAUUGACUGUAUGAUGUAAUAUAUUUGUAGAAGGGAUUUGUUUGAUUAUUGCAAAUUAUUCUGUGUGCGCGUGUGUGGGUGUAUUCUUGCCUUUGGAUGUGUGUGUGUGUGUGUGUGUGUGUGUGUGUGUGUGUGUGUGUGUGUGUGUGUGUGUGUGUGUGUGUGUGUGUGUGUAUUUGUCUGUGUGUGCUUGCGUUCGUGUAUAUACGUGUGCAUUUGUGUGUGAAUGUAUGAGUGCUAUAGGUAUUCAAUCUGUAUGGAAAGGUAAUAUAGUGGGCCUACAAUGCAGGGCAGUAUACGUGUGUGUGGGUGUGUGUGUGUGUGCGUGUGUGUGUGUGUGUGUGUGUGUGGGGUUCGGGGGGGGUGGGAUGUUAUAGAUGCUAUUAGUGCUGUGCUGGAGGCUUCCUAUUGGCCAAUAUGACUCUCUAGAGGUGGCCUCACACACAUUGCAGAGGUCCGACUGAGUUGUCAGGCUCUCUCUCUGUCACUGCUUACCUCUCUCUGUCCUACAUCACCACACCCACAGGACGUUUCAAGGCCAUGUGACCAUAUAAAGGCAUGAGGAAGAAAUAUGUGUACCUUUUGUUUAUUUCCUUCUGGAACACCUUUUUUAUUCCCUGUUUUUUUUCUAGUAUCCACAGCAUUGCUGUGGAUACAUUGCUGUGGAUACUACAGAACUAAACCAAGAGGGGACAGCGUUGCAUGUUGCCAACUGUUGCCGACUGUAUCUUCAUGGCUGGCGGAAUAGAGGAAGGCCAAUAGACAGCUGAGUUCAUAAAAAAGAAAAAAAUACAUUAUAGUAAUAAUAAUGCUUUACUUGUAAACAUUGGUAAACCAUUGCAACACUCGACAUCGUGUGCAUGGAUGAAGUGAAAAUUCAAACGCCAUACAAUAUUGUUUCUUUAUUUUCAUUGAAGGACUUCGAAUUUGGUGGUUCUAUCUGAAUGUAUUCUCCAGCCCCCCAAAGACCUCUUUGUUCACCUAAAAGGUUUAUCUUAAUGUGAUGAAACAAACAAAACAAACAAAACGGACAAAAAUAUAUAUGUAGUAAAUGUUCCGGUGCAUUGUGUUGUGUUGUUCUCUUCCCAAACUUUGUACAAACACUGAAAGAAUAAAAUACAUUGUAAUAUAUUUUAAUAUGCUGUAUUUUUGAUUGUAUUGGUAUCUGUUUUGGGUUAUUUUUGUUUUUUUAAUAAAAAUGGAAGAAACAUGAA